GAAGUAGAAUUGCACGGUCGAGUGAAAAAACACCAAGGACUCAGAAGGGGUCCGCUGCCGCGGUAACGCGCGCUCCCGAGGGAGUGUCCCCUCUGUUUCAAUUUUGGGGACCCUCGGGCGCUUUCUACCCCAGAGAAGGUAUUUUGCCCUUACCUCUUCAUACAGUGUCCCCAGAACCAUGGCCGAAUACUCGUAUGUCAAGUCCACCAAACUCGUGCUCAAGGGAACCAAGGCGAAGAGUAAGAAGAAAAAGAGCAAAGAGAAGAAGAGAAAAAGAGAAGAAGACGAAGAAACUCAACUUGAUAUUGUUGGAGUCUGGUGGACAGUCACAAACUUUGGUGAAAUUUCAGGAACCAUAGCAAUUGAAAUGGAUAAAGGAACCUACAUACAUGCACUUGACAAUGGACUUUUUACACUGGGAGCGCCACAUAAAGAAGUUGAUGAGGGUCCUAGUCCUCCAGAGCAGUUCACAGCUGUCAAGUUGUCUGAUUCCAGGAUUGCCCUGAAAUCUGGCUAUGGAAAAUAUCUUGGUAUUAAUUCAGAUGGACUUGUUGUGGGUCGUUCGGAUGCAAUUGGACCAAGAGAACAAUGGGAACCAGUCUUUCAAGAUGGGAAAAUGGCUCUGUUGGCCUCAAAUAGCUGCUUUAUUAGAUGCAACGAAGCAGGUGACAUAGAAGCGAAAAGUAAAACAGCAGGAGAAGAAGAAAUGAUAAAGAUUAGAUCCUGUGCUGAAAGAGAAACUAAGAAAAAAGAUGAUAUUCCAGAAGAAGACAAAGGAAAUGUUAAACAGUGUGAAAUCAAUUACGUAAAGAAAUUCCAGAGCUUCCAAGACCACAAACUUAAAAUAAGUAAAGAAGACAGUAAAAUUCUCAAAAAGGCCCGGAAGGACGGAUUUCUGCAUGAAACACUUCUGGACAGGAGAGCCAAAUUGAAGGCUGAUAGAUACUGCAAAUGACCAGAAUUUUUGUUUUUGUCUCCUCCUAUUUGUUUUUUUCUGAAUAAAAUAAUCAUUGGAAGUGUUUUUACAGAG